AAACAUCUCCCACUUCUUCUCCUUUCAAACCAUCACACCAACUCUGCAUCAAAUAUAUAUAUUUCCCCAUCUCUCAAAUAUUUUGUCCAUUUGACAAAUGGAAGAUUUGAUGAUGGAAGAAAACCAAAUUAUUUACUCGAAAAAAAACACGACAACACACGCGAUGAACAAGAACUCACAAACGAUAUCGAAAUCGAAGCCGAAGAUUCGUAUAAUCCACAUAUUCGCGCCGGAGAUCAUCAAAACGGACGCUGCGAACUUCAGGGAGCUCGUGCAGAGGCUCACCGGAAAGCCGCCGCCGGAGGACGAAGAUCGGAACAUUCGGGGCGGCCAGAAAAAGACGACGACGACGACCGUGAGGAAGAAAGAGACGAGAAUAUUUGCGUCGUCGAACAAGAAAAUGGAGAAUAUGGCUAUGAUGAGGGCUGGGUUUGAUCAUCACCAUGCAGAGUUUAGAGAGAGGAUAAAGGGGGAGGAGGAGAUUUGGAGCGGUGCGAACUCCGGCGGCGGUUUCUUGGGCGGUUUCGCGGCGGAGUUUGAUGGUUUCAUGCAGGAGCUAAACCAGUUUCCGUUCUUGGAAGGUACAGCAGCUCAGGUGGAUGUUUACGGAGAACCACAACUUGCUUAA